GGAAAAUUAGAACAAACUCUUCAUUCCAUCUUGUUCCUCAGCCCUCUUCCUUGAAGUGUCGCGUAUCUCAAUUGGAAGGAAAGUUAAGGGAGAUUAAAAUGGAGAUUUCAUCCAAGUACUUCGCAGAGCUGGAUCCGAGCAUGUUCGAGCAGUACCCAGUGGAUUGUAUGGCGUACGACGUUGAUGACUUUCAGGAUUUGUCGGGAUGCGGCGACAGCUAUUCAUGUUUCGACUCCAAAAGAAGCCGUGAUGAAUGGCUCCCAGUGGAGAGUCCUGAACCUUUCGCCCAACAAAGACCAACCAAACAACUCAAGAGCACCAACAACACCAGCUGGGCCUCUUGCACCACCACAACAAUGGCUGACCCCAUCGCCCCUUCCAACAAUUCUGCUUCUAAUUCCACCUCCCAAAUCAUUUCUUUUGACAACUCCAAUUCUUCCCCAGACGUCGCUUCUCACCAAUUUCACAGCUUGGAUUCUAGUCCUGUUGUCAAGCCUAAAAACGAGACUAUUUUCUCCGCUGACCACUUGGAUUUCAUUGCUCCAUUCUCCAUUUCUCAGCCCACCUAUGACCACAAAUCUGAUUCCUUUUUUCUCCCACAUGAGAAAAAAACUGCCACCAUUACCAGAAAUCCCAUCCAAGCUCAGGAUCACGUCAUGGCCGAAAGAAAACGAAGGGAGAAGCUCAGCCAGCGGUUUAUUGCUCUUUCCGCCAUUCUUCCUGGUCUCAAAAAGAUGGAUAAGGCUUCAGUCCUAGGAGAUGCGAUCAACUAUGUGAAGCAACUGCAAGAGCGCGUGAAGAUUCUGGAGGAACAGGUAGCCAAGAAAGCAGUGGAAACAGCGGUGUUUGUGAACAGGUCUGUUGCCUAUGCCGACAAUGAUGGCUCCUCCUCCGGUGAAAAUUCCAACGGCUGCUACGCCCAGCCACUGCCCGAAAUCGAAGCGAGAGUUUCGGGCAAGGAGGUACUCAUCAGAAUCCACUGCGACAAACUCUAUGGAUCUGCCGCCACCAUACUCUCCCAGUUACAACAUCUCCAUCUCACUGUCCAGAGCAGCAGCUUCUUGCCCUUCGGGGAUGCCACUCUUGAUGUUACUAUUGUUGCUCAGAUGAACAAGGAAGAGUGCGUGACAGCAAAGGAUAUAAUAAGAAGCCUAAGGCAGGGACUGAGGCACUUAAAUUAAUGUGUGUUCGUGCUUUGUCGUACAGUAAUAUUGGCCGAUGUGAUGAGGAAUAACAGGUGUUAAUAAUAAUAAUUUUUACCGCGGCGCUUUCUCCUUUCCUUUUUUUUCGUCCAUCUGGAUUCUGGAGGAAUUAGAGGCCUGCGUGAUUAGUAUCGCUUACAGUCUAUCAGUUAACGUUGGUUUGUCUGAUGGGAAGCUUAAUUUGAAGGGUGAUGCCACGAAGGGUUUUCGUUCUUGUUUUUGCGUAGCUCACUGGUUCGCUACGUUUAUCCUACCCGAAAUGGCUUGUCUCUUCAAUUUGUUUGGUACUUUUGGGACCAUGGAUUUUUGAGAGGACGUGAAUACUCAAUUACACCUCUUUCCUUGGAGAAAAAGGUGUAGUUUGACAGACGAUAGCAAGCAAUUCACUUUAUUUCAAUAUCUCCAAAGUCAUUCUAUGUAUCAGUACAAUAGUCCUCAAAUCAAGCAGUAUACUUGUGUUUCUGAUAGAUCAAUGACACUUUGUUAUU